AUGAGCGCGUCGAAUGUAAGCGCGAGCGGUUGUGUUGUGAUGCGUCGGAAUUAUUAGUUGGCCGAUCGUUCGGAGAGUGCAUACGUACAUUAACUACGGUUGUCAGAGCGCGAAUGAUCAGCGGGGGGCGUGAGGGGCGCUUGCGCGGCGCGGGGCAGGGAGAAACAGCUGAGCGCGCGGGUAUAUUGACAGUGGGACGCAUGUUGCCGUUCAGUUAGUAGGUUCGCUGUCAUCGCGGAGUGCGAACGUGUAGCCGCAUCGCUCCCGAUUGAUUAUGCUACGAUCGCCCCGCAGUACUAACUGAGCUGCGGUCGGGACACGUUAAAAUUAUGACUUUUGGACCGAUCGCCGGCGAAGAAGACAGCAGCAGACACAAUCUAGAAGAGAAAGCGUCGAGAAUAGUAUCCAGAUACUGGGAAGUCUCCGGUGCUUCGUCCGCCGAGAGGCUUCGGUACGGGAACAAACAGAGGCUCCUAGUCGCCCCCUUUGGACUGCUAUAAAUUUUGGACAAUUUUAAUUUUGGACUUGAACAAAAUAAUCUUUAGUGUUAAUUUUAAGUGCAAUAGGUGAACUGUGUUUUUUGUGUUAAGUUUUUAUUUUUCGGGGUUUUUUUUGGAUAAACGAAAAUGGUGCCCCAACAAGUGUCGGAUGUGAGAUCGAUGACGCCGACUUCGAGCGGAGUCGUGUUCGGUUCUCAGCUGGUGGACAAAAAUUCGUCCACUCCAUACACGGACGCUACACAGACAAAGAAGAACAACCCUAACCACAUCAAAAGGCCGAUGAACGCGUUCAUGGUCUGGUCUCAGAUCGAACGCAGGAAAAUAUGCGAACAAACUCCAGAUAUGCACAACGCGGAAAUUUCCAAGAACCUAGGUCGCGUCUGGAAAACACUUAACGAUGAGGAGCGCCAGCCUUUUAUUGAUGAAGCAGAGAGGCUUAGGCAGCUACAUAUGCGUGAAUAUCCGGACUACAAAUACAGACCUCGUAAAAAGACGGCGAAACCCGCACAGCGUGCUGGUGCCGUCACUAAGCAGAAAAGAAGACAAAAAGCGGAUUCUAAUAACAACAGAGGCAUGUCGAGACGGCGAACGCGACCACCAGCAUUAAGUGUUCCAAGUGUUCCAGUAGAAACACCGGCACCUCCACCACUGCCAGCGUCACCUGCUGGCUCGCCAGACUCCCCAGAGUCCGCUUGUUUAUAUGAAGAUAGCACACGCCGAGAGCAAGCCGAUCUCUCUGACCUUUACUCGAUCACUGAUCUCCUCCCUCUGCCAGCGGAUUGCGAGGUCGACCUCGACGCGUUGACGACGGACAUGGAAUCUUUUGAGACCGCGUCUUCCUCGUCAGGCUCCCAUUUAGAGUUCUCCUGCACGCCGGACGUGUCUGACAUGUUAAGUGAAAUUGGCGUGGCGGGUGACUGGGUAGACAACACCUCCUUCUCGUAUCUCAUGUCGUCUUAGAGCGGUGCUCGGGUCGGUUCCACUGAUCUCAUGCGGUCGGCUCAGAGCCGCCAACGGAGGCCGAUGACGCGGCGCCCGCUCGCCGCCCCGCCUAGAGAGUGCCUACAUCCAAAAUGACGUGUCGACAUUUGGAUUUAAUGUACAAAGUUAUUUAAUAAGGGUCGAGGGAGAUAAUUAUGUUGUAUUGUCAACCGGCUGCACGGCCGCAUUCUCCUUCAGUUCAGGUUUAUUAAUUUUAGUUUUGUUAAUAGGCGACGCUUCAAACGAUCAGAAGUGCAUCAGGUCUAUAGUAAGGCUGUGAGUCGGUACUUUUUUAUUACUUGAAAAUUUUUAUUUUAAAUGUUGUGGAUGAUUUUCAAAACGGCACGUCUCAUACGCAUCCCAGUAAAUAAAUCCGUCUACACUCCGUCGCCUGUUUAAUAAGCAUCGGGUCAGCUAGGGUCUGGCAGCGGCACAGCUAAACCACGGCUCGACUACACCAGAUUUGUAAAUAUAAAACCCGAUGGGGAACAAGAAGUCGGCUCGGGGACUGGCUAUGUCACUGCUUAAUACAAAUAGUUCGCUGCACCGCGUCACGUCCGUAAAAUGUAUGUACAUUACACGACUUUGCUUCUAGAAUUUUCUUGAAAAAAAGUAUUUUCGCAUCUUCUAAUUUUAUUUUAAUCACACGUAUGUUUUAAGCGCAAUCGAUUGCGUUUUCUGUCAAACUCUUUAGAUGGAAUAUUAUAACAAUUGUAAUAGAAAAAUAAGACUAGGUUGUAGUCAAGUUUUUCUUGCGUUCUAAUACGUAAGUUCACAUUAUACUUUGGUGCACACACAUAGGUAGUACGACGUUUUAAGUUUACUCGGAAGCUGAUCAGUAUGUCAUUGGACGAAUUUCGGAAUGCGAUAUACGUUGGCAAUUCUCGAUGGGUACUAAUUAACUUCUACCAUGUUGAUGACAGAAUUGGAACCAGUAACGCAUAUAGCAUUAACUUUUUCUAUGCAUAUUCUUGUUUUAUGCGUGUCUAGUUCUCGUUUUAGGUUAGUAUUUGUAUCAUGGUAGGAGUUAGUUUUGAUGUGUCGCGUUGUUCAUGUAAUGUAUGUUAGAGUGUUAGGGUAAAGAUAAUCUUUGUCAUUGGUUAGGUACGAACUUGUAACUGUAUAAUAAGAUGGCACUCGUGGAUCGAUGCGAAGGGACACUGCAAAUUCUUUUCUUUGUUAUCUUCACGCAAAAAAAAACCAAUACAAAUUCUAUAGAAAGAUACAUAUCAAUUAUGGGAAUGAGUUAUUUCGCGGGAUGGUGAUAAAAAAAUGUUAUACGGUACGGCAUACAAAUGUUAGGUUUCAAUAAAAAGUUUUUGCUAAUUCAAACUCUGUGAUUUACUUUAUGGAUUUUUCUAAAUUAUAAGAAUCUAGUGGAGACUGAUAUCGCAUAGUUUAGUUUUAGCAGCGCUAGCUUCUGUAACCUUUUUAAUUUUUAAAACUACUGAGCGUAUAAAUAAAUUGUGGAAAAACAAUAUACUACCUAUUUUUGAUACUUUGUGUUGCUGUGGAAAGCGAUUUUUUUUUAAACUGAUCAAAUACCUUCGUUUGAGGAUUUAUGAAAUGUUGCAUUGCUUUUUCCAUAGAUGUUUGAAAUUGAUGAUUAGAUAGAUAUACGAAAAAACUGCUUUAUGUUUGCUCUCCACAGUAACGCAUAAGCUAAAUGUAUUAAAAAAAAUGCUAAAACCUGUCAAUUCAUUGAAAAUGGUGUCAGUUAAAGAGUAACUUUAGCAUUUAAUGUUACUUCACUCAAUUUAUAUAAGAUAGAUAACCUUCUACUAAAUAAACUGUUUCAGAUUGUGAGUUCAAUAUUUGUAGAAUAACUUGUGUCCCUUAAUAUUGAAUUUAACAUAGGGAUCCGUUGUGCUAUAGUUGAUAAGAAAGAAAAUGCUUUACUUACAUUAUUAUAUUCUUAUAAAUAUAUAUGUAAAGAAACACGUUCAUGUAUUAAUUAGUAAGUGUCUACGAAAACCCAAUUAUUGAU